AUCCCUAUCCAAAACGAUGGCGAAGCGCAGGCGGACACCAGGGUCGAUGCCAGCGGCGAGGACGAACUGACGUGGCGAAGCAACGUGCAGCAGCUCCAGAGCGAGGCCCAAAACCUGGACAUGAGCAAUAUUCUGGAUGACAGCCCAGGUGUCACCACGCGUUGCAAAAAGGUUGACACGAUCAAGCAGGUGAGCAAGAGAGCAUGUGUAGGCCUACUUGAUGAUAACCGACUUGCACCUCUCAUCGCUUUUGCUCUUACAGGCGCACGAGAUCGAUGCCUUGGUUGA